AUGUCAUGGCAAUGGCUAGAACCGAAGAUGGAUGUGUCUGCUCUGGCAUCUCAAUCAGUCGACAGUGCUCUGGUGGGUACUUUAGGAUAUAAGUAUGAAAGGGUAUCUCAGGACGACGUGGACAGGAUGGAUGCACUCUCCCAACUCAAAAUUUCAAGCGCUUUCCUCAGAAGUUGUAACCCAUGGCAAGAAUGUCUUGAACAGGUACAAGCCUUGACUAUAUCCGGUGAGGAGGCAAUGUCGGAAGAGCAGAUGAAAACACUCCUGGGGGUAACAGAGCUUUCUCAGAGGUAUACCCGAGCCUUGACGAAAGCUCAAUCUGCUUGGACCAGAUUGAAUGACAUUCAAGACGGUGGCGAUAGUGAGGAGGGGGGAAAGAUUGCCUUCAGUGACAUGAUACAAAUUGAUCCAUCCACUUCCUUUAUACGAAAACAGCUGAAGGAUGUCGUCCACAAUAAUGCUAAAGCCUGGAUGACCUCUGCUGAAAAGACGAUGGGGAGAAGCUUGGAAGAGUUAGAAUGUUCAAGAAAAAUCAUGACUGUCUUAUCUCAACCUGUUGAACGAUCGGAACUACGAACCAACCUUUGGAUUCGGGUGAUGAAGAGUGGUGGACUCUUUAAUCAAUCCAGCCGAGUGUACCAGCUCGCAUUUGGUUCCCUCAGGAAUCAGGAAACCAUCGGUAUACUGCCUGAAAAUACUUUUGAAUCACUCAAGCAGCGCGCCCAAGAAGAAUAUGAGGGAUGGAAAGCGGUUUCUCGACAGAACAGAGAAGUCUACAUCCAAUGGGGAACUGAAUUGAUUUCUGGAGCUGUGGAAGACGCUAAGGCACUUGUCGAUAGGUCAAAGUUUAACCCUCAUUUCCGAUCGUCCAUACAACGUACCAAGUGGGACAAAGAAAGUACAGCACAUCUUGAGAACUUCAACGCGAGCUAUAACACAUUUCUAGAGCACAGAGAUAUCUUGGGAGCCCUAUUCGUGAUUGCUGGUGAUGAGGAGUCUGAAAUGCGCUACAAGGCGAAAUGUAAGGAGUGGCAUGAUACUCUGCCACCUGCUUUGAUUGCUGUCGUCCAAAGUGAGAACCGUGCGCGGGCGAGUAAUGAUCGAAGGAUCGAGAUUGACGUAGGAAGAUACCGUAGUGUAGCUUGA